AUGCACUAUGGAUAUGGCGUGGUGGCGGAAGGGUUCAAUGUUUCUCUGUUGAAAAAAGACAUUCAUACCCUUCGGCCUGGAGAAUGGCUGAACGACGAAGUCAUCAACUUUUACGGAAACCUGAUCAUGGCAAGGAGUAAAGAGUCAACAACGCUGCCCAAGGUCCAUGUCUUCAGCACAUUCUUUUACAAGACAUUGAGCGAGAAUGGAUACGAAAAGGUCAGGCGGUGGACAAAGAAGGUCAAGAUCUUUGAAAUGGACUAUGUGCUACUCCCCAUUCACCACUCGGGCAAUCAUUGGACGACGGUGGUAAUUGACAUGAAGAACAAGACAAUAGAGUACUACGACUCACUUCUCGGAAACAAUCCUAAGUGCUUCCUGAUUUUGCGUAAUUAUUUGGAACAAGAAUCACAGGACAAACUGAAGAAGCCGUUUGAUGAUAGCGGAUGGGAGAACAAGUGCCCCAAGGACAUUCCUCGACAAAAAAACGGUUUCGAUUGUGGAGUCUUUACAUGCACAUUCAUAGAGUUCAAGAGUCGUGGUGUGGAUGAUCUGGCUUUUUCGCAAAACGACAUGCCCAGUCUCCGAAAGAGGAUCGCUCUGAGUAUAAUAAACAAGAGCCUUUGA